AUUAUUUUUUAAAAUUUUGCUAUCAAUGUUCGAUAAUGUUAAUACAGUAAAGAAAAUCAAAAAUUAUACUAAUCGAAAAUGUUACAAGAAAGUAAUCCAGCAGCCACCACAGGUGCGAAAAACGUUUUCGUUACUUCGUUAAUCUCAGGUGCUCUCGCAGGAACUAUGUGCGAUUUUAUAUCAUUUCCUUUGGAUACGCUUAAAACGCGAUUACAAAGUCAACAUGGUUUCUUAAAAUCUGGUGGUUUUAGACAAUUGUAUAAGGGUUUAGGCCCCGUAAUGAUAGGAUCCGCACCAUCAGCUUCGUUAUUUUUUAUAACUUAUGAAACUUUAAAAAUAAUGUUUCAACCUCAAAUACCUGAACAAUAUCACGUGUUUAUACAUAUGACUGCCGCGUCAGUCGGAGAAAUGGUUGCAUGUCUUAUUCGAGUCCCAGUAGAAGUAGUGAAACAAAGGAGACAAGCAUUUUUAAGCGAUGCCCACAAAUUACCUUUGAGAGCUUUAUAUCGUGGUUACGGAAGUACUGUGAUUAGAGAUUUACCGUUCGGUUUAAUUCAGAUGCCACUCUGGGAAUAUUUUAAACUUUAUUGGAAAAAGCACGUGAAACGUGAGUGCACGCCUAUGGAGGGUGCUAUCUGCGGAUCGACGUCAGUUGCCAUAUCUGCGGCCCUAACGACACCUUUAGACGUUGCAAAAACUAGAAUAAUGUUGUCGAAUGUGACGGUAGGGAAAGAUGAAAUAAAAAUAUCCGCGAUGUUAAGCAAAAUUUACCACGAUCAUGGUUUUAAAGGACUUUUUGCAGGCUUUGUACCAAGAGUGUGUGGUUUUACUAUUAGCGGAUUCGUAUUUUUUGGUGUUUACGAAAAAGUUAAAGAAAUUUGUACUGCGGUUUUGCCACCAUAAUGUUGUGAAAGAUACAUUUAUAAAUAUAAAUCAUGAUUUCGAAGAGAAUGAGUAUUUACGUUACAUUGAAUUUUACUCAUGACAUAGAAAAGUACAAAAUGAAAAUACAAUUGCAUUUAUAUUUUAAUUAUUAAUAGAAAGAUACUGUAGUCUUUACCGCAAAUUUUGCAUUUAAAUUGUAAUAAUUAAAAAUGAGAAAGCACACUUUUAUUCCACAAUAUAUCUAAAUGAAUGUGAGCAUGCACGUAUUAGGAAAGAAAUAAAGAACACAAAGAAAUGUAAAAUAUAAAGUAUAUUUAAAAAUAAUCAACAAACAUGAAAAUUUUCCUUACAUUUACAUAUAAUAAUGUGUUGACUUAUAAUAUACUGCACAUUAAUUUAUAUUCGUGAUAUUCACUUGUACAAAAUAAUAUAAAAUAUGAUAAAUAAGAAAAUUAUGGUAAUUUUUAA